AUGGCUGUGUAUGUUGUCUCCAUAAUGGCAAUGGGUGAGGACCUGGUACAUGUAAGGAACACUGUCCUGCCACUCUGGCUGGGGGUGCUUCUGUUCCUGUAUGAAUGGUCCCAGGUUGGGCAUUCCCAAUGCCAUGGUCCCCUGGAGGUGGUGAUUCCACUGAAGGUAAUAGUCACCAGUGUGGGCAUGAAGCCUGAAGGCUGGCUCUCAUACAGUAUGCAUUUUGGGGGCCAGAAACAUAUUAUCCACAUGAAGGUCAAUAAGCAUUUGCUAUCCAGACAGCUUCAAGUGUUCACCUACAAAGACCAAGGUGCCCUCCUUAUGGAACAGCCUUUCAUCCAGAAUGACUGCUACUAUCAUGGCUAUGUGGUGGGGGACCCAGAAUCCAUGGUGACCCUCAGUACCUGUUUGGGGGGUUUCCAAGGAAUAUUACAGACAAAUGACAUUGUGUAUGAAAUAGAGCCCAAAAGGCAUUCUAUCAUGUUUGAACAUCUCAUAUAUAAGGUGGACAGGAAGGAGACACAAUUUCCACCCAUGAGAUGUGGAUUGACAGAUGAAGAAAUAGCUCAACAAUUGAAGUUUCAAGAGAGUGUUAAUUUCACUUUGAUGCAGAGUGGGUAUGAAGGCUGAUGGACUCACAAGCGGUUUCUUGAGCUGGCAGUGGUGGUGGACCACAAUCGAUAUCUUCAUCUCGAAAGUAACACCACAAAAGUGCAGAAUGAAGUAUUCCUUGUUGUCAGUGGAAUUGAUAACUUCUUGAGCCCACUGGAUGUUGAUGUGGUUUUAGUAGGAAUUGAAGUCUGGACUACAAGAAACCUCCUUCCAGUAAAUAACAUAAGUGAUCUCCUGGAGGAAUUUUGCAAGUGGAAGAAAAACAGCGAGUGGGACCCUCCCACCUGCCAGCAAAAGGACCAUGGGGGUAGUAUCGACAGUGCCCCCCUGGGAAAAAAAGUGACAAACUGGGGGGGGGGGGGAAAUGAUGUACCUGCCACGACUUGGGCUAAUUAA